AUGCGCCUCCACUGCCUCGUCCUCCUCUUUCUGAAUCACACUGUCCACUUCUCUCCAGGGCACAGCGAACAGGUAGCGUCUGCAGAACUACUUCGAGGUACAACAAAUGAGAGUUCCACCGUGUUGCAGAGCCGUAGAUCACUAAGGAACAUGUAUCAAUGGAAUAGAUCUGGGCCCCGCACCGGAAGACUUUAUUGCAGAGUUGGAAUUGGUUUUCAUUUGCAGAUCCAGCCUGAUGGCAAAGUCAGUGGGUCGCAUGAAGCCAACCUCUUCAGUAUUUUGGAAAUAUUCGCCGUGUCUCAGGGGAUAGUGGGAAUUCGAGGAAUUUUUAGCAACCGAUUUCUAGCAAUGAAUAAAAAGGGGAAACUCCACGCAACUUCUGUAAUAUUAGGUUCAGAUAUUUUACCGGCUAUUAAAUGCUACGUUCAGUGUGAAAACCAGCGGGUGUUGCAGGCUGACUAG